UUGUCCUUGUCUUUUUUGUCCUUGUUUUUUUUGUCUUUGUUUUUUUUUCAAUUCUCUUCAUUUAAAAAAGUCUUCGAGUUUUAGCUCAACCAGUGGCAUGGAUGGUUUGGACAAAGCAGAAUGUGCUCCAAUGGAUGGAAUCCGUUUUUGGAGGUUUUUAAUCAUUGGGGAAAGGGGGAUUUUUACGGGGAAAAGCCUGUAGGAGGCUAGAGGGGUGAUUAUCGAUUUUCGGUACUAAUCUCUCUGCCGUGUUUUUAUCGAUUUUAUUUUUGGCGUUCUGUUUAAUGACAAUUCAUCCCAUUUAAAUUAGGUACAGUUGAGUCUUACACCAUUUGAGUCUUGCUUAAAUUCAUCUUCAUUAACUUUUUCUUCCUUUACCUUGACCCAUUUUUUAACUUCGAUCGAGAUCAGUUUACUUUUAUUUUCCGCGUAUUUCCUUCUUUUUCAAUAGCAUUUUGAUUGAUUUUUAACUUUUACCAGUCUAAUUACUUACUCUUUCAGAUUUUAACUACAAAAAUGACUACUCUUCUAAUUACUCCAACUUUAAAUUCAACUAAUCAAGUUGCUACCAGUUUUGCCCUUCAUUUACUGAAAACUGGUCGAUCUACUAAUGAGAACAGACAACUCUUUGCUUUGGUUUCGCCUAAGGAUGGAACGAAGAUUUCAAAAUCGUUGGAACUUUAUUUUGAGGGAGGUCAACUCAACAUUUUGUAUGGUUCUGCUGGUUCUCAAAAGAUUGUUAAGAGAGUUGUUGAGGUUAAUGAGAUUCGCGCAGUUUUUGUCAUUAUAGACGAUGAGAGCAUUGCUGACGAGGAAAACAUCCAAGGCCUAAAGUCCCACUUCAUCGCCUCAAAGACUCAUUCAUUCCUAACAUCGUUGUGUUCACUACUUGACUGUCUCAGGCAAACAAAUGUAAUUCCUUCAAUUGUUGUUCUCUUCCAUUCUUUUGGUACUGUGAAGGAGGAGUUUCUUCUUCCGCAUCUUGGUAUUUUUUAUUAUUUUAUAAACCUUUGCCUCUGUUUCCCCAUCUGUGUUUAUGCGUAUGGAGAGCACCAUCUCUCUAUUUCUCCAAUUCGUCCAAAUUUAUUUUUUGCCAAAUUUAUUUUAUGCUGAGACUUUUGGGGAGACUGUAGGGGGAAUAGGGUUAAUUUUGUUCAUUAUGCUUUUUUAAGAAAAAUUUUAAGUUCAAGUGAAGCCGUUGAUUUUAGGGUUAACAGUAGGGUUGCCGUUUUCGAACCGGGCCACGUUUGUGUCAUUUUUAUCGGGCCGGACCGGUCGUGUCAUUUUUUCGGGCUUUAUUUUUAUCGG